AUGUUAAAAAGCUUGUAUAUUGGCUUUCUUGGGCUUAUCAUUCUCUGUGUAUGUAUUUCGAAACAAGACCCACAACCAUUCCACAUGGCCCAUGCUGAAGAACAACAAAGUUCAGUGAGUUGGAUCAAAAUUUACACUUCAAGGGAAUCAGUCGAAAGUGGUUUUCGACUCGACGGAAAUGUCACGGCAUAUGAUAACGCUGGUAAAAUUUCCACAUUGUCUGGAGGUGUAGUGAGAUUUUAUCCCCAAAGUACUGGUCAUGAUAUGAAAACACUUUUUUCUGGUGUGUUUCUUAUCAAUGGAGUUGUAUCAUUUUCAAUGCUUUGUAAUACUGAGGUUACUUCAGAUGUCAUUAUGGGCGCAGAAUUGUCAAUUGAAAACAAGCUGUAUACAGGUUCGAAAAAAUUAAGAGUGAAUAAGAAUAAUUCUUAUUAUAAGAAUGUGGAUUAUACAGACUAUUGGGUUGGUGAAUGGAAUACUCAACCAGAUUGUGAUACAGCCACUUGUUGUUGUUUGAACGGACAAGCGAAAAUCACUCGCGAAGGUUUGAAUUUGGUGAAAUUGCAAUCGAAUGUGAUUGGUAAAUGUUCGAUGGCUUCUGUAACAAGAUACAUUGGAGGUAUUUAUUCUGAUAGGUCUACACCUCCAACUUGGGACACUUCUUCCACUCCUCAAAUGUCUGUCAGACUUCAUAGGAAUGGAAAUACUCUUCGAUGGACCGAUAUUUUGAAUGACAGAUGUAAUGGAAGUGCCGUUUGUACGACUACAUGUCCUCGUUCCAACACUGCUUCUUCAUUGAAAGUUGUUGCGUAUGGUGUGGUUGUUACGAUUGUGUCAUUCUUGUUGUUCAUUCAUUAA